AUGCUUUUCUCUCACCUCGCGGGCAUGCUCCUCCUGGGCCUAGCUGAGUCCAUCCUUGUCGCCAGCCAUCCCGGCCCCUUCUCAGUCGCGAUGAAAGUUAAAGCCCUGACCGACCAAGGACGAGUCGACCCUUUCAACGCCACGACGAAGCGGAUGGUGCUGUUAUCACUGUUUUGGCCGAUCCUGAGCACCGCCAACUUUUCCGAAGAUACCAUCCCCUACAUGGCGCCGGCCACAGCGGCCUCGUACGGACCACUCGCCGAGUCGGCCGGGUUGCCGGGGACGCUUUUUGGGUCAUUCCAGCUUUCGUUUUGCAAUCCAUCCCAGCAAGCUACGGGCUGCCGACCGGGAAAAGGAAAGGUCCCCAGGUUUCCCCUGGUCCUCUUCUCGCCCGGACUCGGCGAGUCCCGGCUUCUCUACAGCGUCACGGCCCAGUCGAUUGCCGCCCAAGGCUACGUAGUUGCGACAGUCGACCAUCCCUACGAUGCCGAAGCAGUCGAGUUCCCAGAUGGGUCGGUGGUGCGGAGGAACUGGACCGCGGGGAUGGAGCAAAGGCUAACCGAGAUCCGCGCGGCCGAUAUAACCUUCACCCUCUCGCAACUUUCCCACGGCACCACCACCACCUCCGGCGCUCUCUUCCCAUAUGACCAGGGACUCCUCCCCGCACAAAUUGACUCGGCCCGCGUCAUCGCAAUGGGCCACUCCGUAGGCGGCGCAGCGGCAUUCCACGCGGUGCGACAGGACCAGCGCAUCCGCGGCGGCAUUGACCUCGACGGCCGGCUAAACCGGCCGCUGUUGCUCCUCGGGCGCGGCGGCGGCGGCGAUGCUGAUGCUCGGGGUCAAGGGGACGUCGACUCUUCGUUCACCGACCUGCCCGUGCUGAUCGAGGCCCUGGGGUUGCCCGAGGAGGCGCGGGCCCGCGUGGAGGCGAUGCUGGGGGUUGUGCGCGGCGCGAGGAUGCAGCGGAUCUUGGUCGAGCUGUCGUCUCCAUUCUCUACGUGGGCGUUUGGAGGCGGCUAUCGGCGCCUGGUGGAGGUGGCGGGCGGGUUGGAGGAGGUGUUGUGA